GACCCAGUGUUUACUGUGUCGAAUAUUGGGUGGGGUCUUAAAAUAAGCCACCAAACACGUCGCGUGGUUAAAAAAAAAAGAGGGGCAAGUUUUUUUUUUUUUUUUUUCUUUCUUCCUUUUUGUUGUCCCAUAAACCCAUUCAAUAAAAUGAGCAGCUUUAAUCAAACACCCUCUGACCUUGUACCUGAUACACCGGGACGUUACUACAACCGCCGUACCGAUAUGCUUUCUUCUCAAUUGGACCCUUCUUCACCUGCUUUAUAUGCACGUACACCGGGUUCACCAUCACGCAUGCGUAACCGACGUUCUGAAUUAUCAUCCACAUUAUUAGGUGAUGAUAUUGGCGCCACCUCACCUUUAGCUUACCCUUCGACUCCUUUACGCUCUGGACUCAACACCUUUGAUUCACCUACCACACCUCGUCAUUCAUCCUAUGUACGUACAUCAUUUGUACCUCCCACACCAGGUCGUCCCUCAUCCGCCACUCAGAACAAUAACGCUAUGGACUCACAAAUCAGCGACCCUUCCUUAUCCGUACGUCUUAUUUGGGGUACCACCGUUAACAUUCACGAAGCCAUGACCAGUUUCCGUAACUUUUUGAAUAAUUUUACGUUGGCCCAUCGUAAACGUCGUCUCAAUGAACCUGUGGUGGAUGAUGAUAUGAGACCUUUUUACCCACAAUUGUUAGCUCAUCUCUAUGAUAAAUUGGGUAACAAUGUCAACCUCGAUUGUCGUAACUUACAAGCUUAUCCCGAAACACAUAAAUUAUACGAUCAACUUGUGAAAUAUCCUCAAGAAAUCAUUCCCUUAAUGGAUCACACCUUGACCGAAUUUUAUUUGAGUUUAUAUCCCAGUCAUGACUUUAACGGUCUACAAUUAAAGGUCCGUCCUUUUAACCUGUCAGAUGCUGUCAACAUGAGAGAAUUGGAUCCUCAAAACGUGGACCAAUUGAUCACUAUUAAGGGUCUUAUGAUUCGUGCUUCUCCCAUCAUUCCCGAUAUGAAGGAAGCCUUUUUCCGUUGUUUGAUUUGUGAUUACACCGUUACUGUCACAGUGGACCGUGGACGUAUUCUUGAACCCACACGAUGUGGACGUGAAUCAUGCGAUUCUGAAAAUUCCAUGACGCUUGUGCAUAACCGAUGCUUGUUCUCAGAUAAACAAGUGGCUCGUAUUCAAGAGACGCCCGAUGUCGUACCCGAUGGUCAAACACCUCAGACGGUCACUAUGUGUUUGUACGAUGAUUUGGUGGAUGUGGGUAAACCUGGUGAUCGUUUAGAAGUCACGGGUAUUUUCCGUGGUGUUCCCGUUCGUGUCAACCCAAAACAACGUACGAUUCGUUCCCUUUUCAGAACCUAUAUGGAUGUGGUUCAUAUCAAACGUACCGAUAAAAAACGUAUGCAGACAGAUUCUUCUUUCCGAUCCGAGUUUGGACCUGAACAAUAUGAGGAAGGGGAUAAUAUUGAGGUUGUCUCGACAACAGAUGAACAACAGAUUUUGGAAUUAGGUCAACGUCAUAACCUUUAUGAGGUACUGUCACGUUCACUUGCACCCAGUAUCUAUGAAUUGGAUGAUGUGAAGAAGGGUAUCCUUUUGCAAUUAUUUGGUGGAACUCAUAAAACCUUCAAGAAAUCAGGUGCACCUCAUUUCAGAGGUGAUAUUAAUGUUCUUUUGGUGGGUGAUCCAGGUACCAGUAAAUCUCAAUUACUUCAAUAUGUACACAAGAUUGCUCCUCGUGGUGUCUAUACCUCUGGUAAAGGUUCUUCAGCUGUUGGUCUCACUGCCUAUAUCACCAGAGAUCCCGAUUCCCGUCAACUUGUAUUAGAGAGUGGUGCUCUUGUCCUGUCUGAUGGUGGUGUCUGCUGUAUUGAUGAAUUUGAUAAAAUGUCAGAUUCAACACGAUCUGUUUUACACGAAGUCAUGGAACAACAAACUAUUUCUGUAGCUAAAGCCGGUAUUAUCACCACAUUAAAUGCCAGAACGUCUAUCUGUGCCUCUGCUAAUCCUAUUGGAUCACGUUGGAAUAAGAACUUGUCGGUACCUGCCAAUUUGGAUUUACCUCCACCUCUCCUUUCUAGAUUUGAUUUAUUGUACUUGAUUUUGGAUCGUGUGGAUGAGGACUCUGAUCGUCGUCUUGCACGACAUUUAGUUGCAUUGUAUAUGGAAGAUACACCUUUGACAGGUGGUAUGGAUAUUGUGAGCGUCGAACUCUUGACGAAAUAUAUUAAUUAUGCUAGAGAGAGAAUUCAACCUGUCCUGUCAGAAGAGGCAGGAGCUAAAUUAGUGGAUUCGUAUGUCGAGUUACGUAAACAGGGUCAGGAUCGUGGUGGAUCUGAGAAACGUGUGACAGCUACGACGCGUCAAUUAGAAUCCAUGAUUCGUAUGUCUGAAGCACACGCUAAAAUGAGAUUAUCCCCUACGGUUGAAUUGUCGGAUGUGAAUGAAGCCUCUCGUCUUAUUCGUGAAGCUAUCAAGGAAUACGCUACGGAUCCCAAGACAGGUCGUAUUGAUAUGGAUCUUAUCUUGUCUGGUACUGCUUCACAUGAACGUAACCUUCAAAAUAGUUUAAAGGAAGCUCUUGUCAGCCAAUUAGCUUCUUAUGCUAAUAAACGUGUGGAUACGAUUAAAUUAUUCAAGGAUGUGAAUGAUCAAAGCCAAAUUCCUGUGGAUAAUCGAGCCUUUGAAGAGGUUUUGAAAUCAUUGCAAGAUCAAGGUGUGAUCAACAUGUCGGGUGAAGGUCGUAAACGUGUUAUUCGUAUCUUGUCUACAUCCACUUAAUAUAUAUCUAUCACACACAUAUUAAAAACCGUUAACUCAUUUUUUUUUUUUUUAAAAUUAAAUUUGUUUAUCUUUUAUUGAU